AUGAAGGGCAUAGGCUGGUAUGGCUUCAAUGCAGGACUGACAGCGCCAGGCAACCUGAGCAAGGGGUACGACAGCAUGUCGCAGGACUUCCCCACCAUUGUCUGGCGCUUGAAGGAGCUGGGCUUCAAUGCCAUCCGCCUCCCCUAUUCUUUCUCCCAUUUCCAGGACCCUCCAGCCGAUUACACCAGGAACUGCACAGAGGCGAGCAACUAUGUGGUCAGGAGCAGUCUUGUGCCCAAAAAGCUGCCCAACAUGAAACUCGCCCAGUACAGGCUGCCCAACGAUGACCCUCCCAGAGUCCCAGGCAGCAUCUGCAAUAUUGCCAUGCCUGGCCAGAGCACCCGCGCCCGCUACCUCUGGGUAGUGCAGUACCUGAUCUACCAGGGCUUCUAUGUGAACCUGGACUUCCACUCGAUUGGCGUGCAUGAGACGCUGGUCACCGGAGACACCCCCUUCAGCGGCGCAGAUGACUACACCCUCUAUGACAUGGACGGCUGGGUCGGCCUGUGGGUGGACCUUGUGAAGGAUGUGUUGGCUGACUCGCCAGAGGCCAAGGGGCGGCUGAUCAUUGACCUCAUCAAUGAACCCGAUGGCUACACCCUCACAUGGGAGGGCAACAAUGGCUACCCCAGCAUGAGCAUGUUAUACAUGCAUGCCAUGGAUGCGCUGUGGCCCAUCUGCCCUGACUGCCUCUUCCUGGUGGAAGGUACUGGACAAACAGGCAUUGGAGCUACCUGGGGCAAUGGGUUCGCGAUAGACCCCAAGCAGCUGGCGAUGGACCCAAAGGCCAGCAGUGCCAGGGGCUUCUUUGAGGCAGUUGUCAACAAGCCCUACAUCAACCAAGUCGUCCUAGCCCCUCACCUCUACUGCCCAAAGGUGUCUGGGCAGAAGGACUUCUACAAGCCGUCUCUGGGGCAGUACGAGGUGUACAACUACACCUUUGGCCACUUCACAGCGCCACCGGGAUUCUGCCACAAGGGCUCCUGCCACGUGUUCGCAGCCAUCAACGACGAGUUUGGGUCCACAUUCGACAGCAUAAUGGAGGCGCAGUGCUUCCAGGGCAUUGUGGACUGGAUGAAUGUGGCUGCCACUUCCAAGAAAUACCCCCACGCACCCAUGACCUCCUGGUUCUACUGGGCCUACAACCCAGACUCUGGAGGCACUGGAGGCAUUGUGGACACAGACAACUGGAGGGACAUCCACUGGCAGCCCAUCAACGCCCUGACUGGGGGGUCUGUGCAGUUCCCCACCGGCGUCGGCCUCAAGCCCUGGUACCUCACGGACUUCAAGCCCCCUGCCCUGCCAGGGCUGCAGCCGGGAACGCCGCUGAACCUGGUGCGCGAGCAGCUGCCGCUGAUCACACACAGAGCGCUGGUCCUUAUCAUCGCCAUGGGAUGCGCAUGCUUCGUUGCAGUCUCUUGCGCGCUGUGCACAAUGUGCUGGACGUGUGGCUGGUGCGAGCGAGUGCCAGUCAAAGAGGAGCCCAAGUUUGAAGAGGACACAGAAGCAGAGGAGGGCAAGGGCUUCUUGCCGCCAAUCCCGGAGGUCAGCGGGGUCCCCCACUGA